AAACGGGAAACCAGGGCACCCGAGAGUCGUGGGCACCGGGGAACCGGGGAGUGGCGGGCACGGGCGAAGCGGGGGCAUCGGGAAACUGUGAGCAACGGGGAUACGGUUAACCGUGGGCACUGGGGAGCUGCAACACCGCGGAAACGGGGAACCGGAGGGUGGGAAAACUGUGGGAACCGGGAGCAUCGGGAGUCGCAGUACCCGGGAACUGGGAAACCGGGGGCACUGGAGAGCCGCGGCUUUGGGGAACCGGGAGCAUCAGGGAACCAGGAAAUCAUGGGCACGGGGGAACCGGGAACACUGGGCAUCUCUGGCACGGGGGAAUCGGGAGCAGCAUGCAGCCGGGAACCGGGAGCAGUGGGCAGCCACAGCACCGGGAAGCCGCAGCACUGGGGAACCGGGAGCAUCGGGAUCACCCACCUGGCACCUCCUGCCAGGCCUGGCACCGGGUGUGUCGACUUCAAGAUGAAGACGAUCGAGGUGGACGGGAUCAAGGUGCGGAUACAGAUCUGGGACACGGCCGGCCAGGAGCGGUACCAGACCAUCACCAAGCAGUACUACCGGCGGGCACAGGGCAUCUUCCUGGUGUAUGACAUCAGCAGCGAGCGCUCCUACCAGCACAUCGUGAAGUGGGCCAGCGACGUGGAUGAG